AUGAGUUAUUGGAGAGAUGGAUUGCAUUCUCUUAGCAAUAAGUAUGAUAUCUGCAUCUUGGGGGAAGACGAUUCAGGAAAAACAUCAUUAGUAUAUUCGUUCGUCUACGAAAAAUUUCCUGACCCAUUCGAAGCGACCUAUGAGAAUCUCUACGCUAAGAAUGUUGGGUACAUAUCUGAAGAAGAAAUAACCGAAGUUACCAUUUUAGACACUUCGAGUGUUAAUGACUGGCUGUCACAUCGGAAUCUACAACUUCAGAAUGCCGGCUCUAUACUACUUGCUUAUGCAAUUAAUAGUAGAGAUUCAUUCGAAGCAAUGGUAGACAUGUAUGAGCGUAUCCUGUCCUUGGAUAUCCCAAUAUCAGUUGUUGGCUUGAAGUCAGAUCUUGACAUUUACAGACAAGUUUCUACUUCAGAGGGUUUUGAAUUUGCAGCUUCUAUGGAUGCUAUUCACUUCUGUGAGUGCAGUUCUAUGGUGGGGACCGCAAAAGAUGCAUUUAAGCCCUUGGUACAGCAUUUGUUCAUUGAAAAGAAAAAAGCCUUACAAGAAGUCUCAAACUCUUCAUAUCAAGUGUCCAUUCCUAUAAUUGAGCAAAGUUUACAAGACCGUGCACUCCACGACAUAACGGAAGUUGACUCACUGACAGAACCUGUACAAACUACUUCCAAUAACGAGAUAAAGAAAGUAGAAGCUGCAAACCCCGUGUGCCAUGACUCCAUUAAAGAAUAUCAGCAAAUCGAUCAGAUUCAAACUCGUGGCAUUGAAGCUCCCUCUAAGCAAAGAAGUAUUAUUCCCGAUGGAAGAUCCAACACAUCACCAAAUAAUAGCAAAUCAGAGUCUAGCUGUUGCAUCGUCACUUAA